AUGACGACGGAAUCGGCUACACCACUGAAGCCGGCAGCACAAUGGGUAACAAAAAGGGAACGCAUAACCGUAGUAUGGGAAGACAUCAAAGUACGAAGUACAAGCGGACGCCAGAUUUUGAAAGGCAUAAGUGGAGUUGCACUACCCGGUGAAGUAGUAGCCAUUAUGGGGGCCAGCGCUUCUGGUAAAACAGUCUUUUUGAACGCAUUAUUUCAUCGCAAUCUUCAUGGACUUACCGUUGAAGGAGAUAUCUUGGUGAAUGGACAAAGAAUCGGAAGCACUAUCACUAGCGUGUCGGCAUACGUUGAGCAGGAAGACAUAUUUGUAGGAACGCUGACGGUAACUUUUCCGUUACACAUCCGUGAGAAUUAA